CACCACCAUCGACUAUGGCAUCGAAGCGUCAGGCCGCCUCGCGGCCGCGCACGGCGAUGAGCACCAACGCGAUGCAUCCUCCCAACCCCCCGACGCGCUCUCGAUCCGUAAUGUCGAAAUUGACUAAUUCCACGCGCUCGACGGACGAGACGAACAAAGCCGGCGGUGACCAGCCAGAGACGAACAUCCAGGUCGUCAUCCGAUGCAGACGGCGCUCAGAGAAGGAGAUAGCAGAGAACUCGCCCAUUAUCGUUAGCUCGAGCGGCGCGAAGAGCCAUGAAAUAUCCAUCGAAGCUGCGGCACCCGUAUCCAGCAUGGGCGUUCUCACGCUGGCGCCUAUCAAGACCUACCCCUUCGACCUCGUAUUCGGCCCAGAAGCAGAUCAGGCCUUGGUCUACCAUGAAGUCGUCGCCCCCAUGCUCGAUGAAGUCCUGCAGGGCUACAACUGCACGCUUUUCGCUUACGGUCAGACGGGUACCGGCAAAACCCAUACCAUGCAAGGAGACCUCACCCCGACCCCCAUGGGCAACCCAUCCUCUAACGCCGGCAUGAUCCCCCGUGCCCUCUUCCGCCUCUUCCACCAUCUUCAGACAUCCGGCGCCGACUACUCUGUCAAGGUUUCCUUCAUCGAGCUGUACAAUGAAGAACCACGUGAUCUUCUUGCCAGCGAUCUUGCCGCACCCAUCGGCUCCUCACAACCUAUGGGCAAGGACUCGAAAUCAGGCCCCACACCCGGCAGCGACCUGAAGAUUUUCGACGACUCAGGGAAGAAGGGUGUUUAUAUCCAGGGCCUUGAGGAGGUUCCUGUAAAGGACUCCAAAGACGCUCUCGCCCUCCUUCUCAAGGGUAGCCAGCGCCGCCAGAUCGCCGCCACCAAGUUUAACGACCACUCCUCGCGUUCCCACUCCGUCUUCUCCAUCACCGUCCACAUCAAGGAGACCUCGACUAUGGGUGACGACCUGCUAAAGGUCGGCAAGCUUAAUUUGGUCGACUUGGCGGGCUCCGAGAAUAUCGGUCGCUCGGGGGCGGAGAACAAGCGCGCACGCGAAGCGGGGAUGAUCAACCAGAGCUUGUUGACCCUCGGUCGCGUCAUCAACGCCCUCGUCGACCGCGCAUCGCACGUUCCGUACCGCGAGUCGAAGCUCACACGACUGUUGCAAGACUCGCUGGGUGGGCGCACGAAGACUUGCAUCAUUGCAACCGUCUCCCCGUCACGGUCCAACAUGGAGGAGACGCUCUCAACGCUCGACUACGCCAUGCGUGCGAAGAGCAUCCGCAACCGGCCGGAACUCAACCAGCGCAUGUCGCGCAACUCGCUGCUCAAGGACUACAUCGCCGAGAUCGAGCGCCUGAAGGCGGACCUGCUCGCCGCGCGGGAGAAGAACGGUAUCUUCUUCAGCGAGGAGAGCGUGCAGGAGAUGGAGCGCGAGAAGGAGCUGCGGCAAACGGAGAUGGAGGAGGCUAGGAAGAUGAUCGAGAUCACCGAAGGGCAGCUCAGGAGUGUGCGGGAGGAGUUUGAGCAGAGCAUCGCGUUGCUGAUGAAGCGGGAGGAGGAGCUUGAGCAGACGCGGGGCGAGUUGAAGGAGACGACGGAGACCUUGCAGACGCGCGAAGGCGAGCUUAGGACAGCAAAGACGGCAUUUGAGGAGGAAACCGUCGUCCGGCGCGCGCACCAGAACACGGAGGACCGCCUUAACGACGUCGCGACUGGCCUUAAGGCCGUCACGCAGCAGAGCGUUGCCGCCGUGGGACAGCUCAUGGACAAGCUCGACCGCAAGUCCGCCGUGCUAAGCUCCAACACCCAGGUCGUCCGCAAGCACAGCAAGGGCAUUUCUCAGGCGACCUCUACGCUCUCCCAGAAGCUCGAUGAGUUCGUUAAGGUGUCGUCGCAGACCGCGCUGCAAUUGCAGUCCGAUGCGAAGGACUUCCAGACGAAGGAGGCCGCUGCGCUUGCGGAGCAGUCGCAACGCGUAGACGAGCAACUGCGGCAGGUUCAGCGUGCGCUGCACACCAUCUCUGCGCGCGACGACGACGAGGCGAAGGCCAUUGACGCUGCUCAGUCGGUCCUUGCCGGGGCGCACAAAGCGUUCCGCGCGGGUUUCGAUGCUUGGAGCGCCACCCUCCGCAAGACCUGCGACGCCGCGUGCGCUGACGCCGAGAAGGCGGCCGCGCAGGCCUUCGCAGCCGUCGAGAAGGCCGUCGCGGGCAUGGGCGCCGUUGCGGACGCCGUCGCGCGCGAAGCUGCAGAGUUCGCAGAGGCUGAGCGCGCCGCUGCCGCCGAAGCUCGCGGGCUUGCGGAAUCUGCCGCCGCGGACGAGGUCGCUCGCCUACGCGCACAGAACGACGCCCUGAAGCGCAUGCUCGAGGACGAGCGGACGAAGGGCGCGCGCGCGAAGGAUGAUUUGAUCCAGCGCAUCUCGGGCUUGCUCGGCGAGUUUGUCGCGGAGCGUGACCGCGGGCUGCGGCAGGCUAUCGGCAGCACCGUGCGCGCAAACGAGGAGGGUGUGAAGGCUAUGGAAGGCUUCGCGGAGGCGCAUGGGGGCAAGAUGGAUGGGAUGGAUGCGCGGGCUGCAGACCACAGCGUAAGCGUGGGCAAGCAGGCCUUAGAUGGGAAGCGCACGCGGGAUGGGGCGAAGAAGAGCGUGGCGAGCGCGAAGGGCGCGUUGCACGAGAACUUGACGAAGAUGCAGGGUACUGUAUCUGGAUCGGUGCAAACAUACUCUGUGCAGUUCCAGAAGGAGACGGAGACAAUGCAAACGUCGGCCUCUGAAGCUUUCGACCGUCAGUCGCGCGCAAAGCGCGCACGUUUGGAGACCACGAAGUCGCUAGGUGCGGAGGUGCAAAGCGAGUACAGGUACUUCCAGCGCACCGUCGCCUCAACCUCGCGAGAUAUCGAUGGCAUGGCGGGUCGCGUGGCGUCUGGUUCUUCAAGCCUCAAGAGCGGUAUCGAGACUUACCAGCAAACCGCAUCCUCGCACCUGUCUUCUGUCCAGAAGUCAGCCGCGACUCUGGCGGAACAGGGAACGAAGGAAGACGCGCCGACGAACAUGACGCCUCGCAAACGCGCUUGGGACUACGAGGACGAGUGGGAGUUGACGAAGCCGCGAGAGGAACUGCUGCGCGAUUGGCGGGCGAAGGGGAUGUCCUCUGUCGGCAGCGAGACCUUCAUCGCCGAGCACGUACCCUUACCGAACGAGGAAGUGCUACGGUCGCCCGACAGUGGCAUAGCGUCUGCGACGACUUCGCGAGUGCCGACGCCAACACCAGCCGCGCGAGCGUCGCCGAUACCGUCUUCACCGGAGUCUGUCGCGCCCUCGGUUGCGUCGGUGGCCCCAUCCGUUGCCUCAUCAUCGACUUCAUCCUUGGCGCGCCCACCAGCGGACCCACCAGCUGCGCCGCCGACGCGCAUGGCGCAUAGGCGGACAAAUAGCAAGCUGGGCGGGAUUCCUGCGCCGUCAAUAGGAACGUUGACGGAUGCGCGGAAUGUGUACACGACUCGGUCUCGUCGGGUACGAUAAUUGUCGUUGGGUACGAUAGAUGAUGAUUCGUUGGGUCUUCCCUUGCUAUCCGUUGUUCGCUGUAACUUAUCCAUGUCGGCGCAACCUACUACUGUAUCAUACCCUCUACACUAUGCUAUGGAUCUGAUGUCUGCCUGGACGUGCGCAUUGUGUGAAUGUUGAAGGCGUAGGGAUGCGGUGUGAUAUCGAAGAACUUGAACGCGUACUUCGAAGUGGGUGUGUACAGUUUACUGAAGAAGCAGAAGGGUCAC